UUGAGAUCCACUUGAGCAAUUUUCUACCCUUUUCUCUCGUAGCAAGGAAGCCAAAGCUUGCAAGAAGAAACGAAAUCUACCACCUACACGUACUUCUCUGAGCCACUUUAAAGACUCCUCAUUUCUUCAGAGUCAGUGACUCUCUUCUUCUUCUCCCCCAGUCCUUCCUUCCCCAAAUCCUUAAAUAGAAAAAACCUGAAGAGCUAGGGAAGCAUUACAUUGUCAUUCAAUUUAUUUUCAUGUCACUUUCCUUCAUUGUCAAUCUCAUUCCCAUUUCCCACUUGGGUUUUCUUUCCUUUUCUCUCUUUGUCAUACAUUAAUUCCCAGAUUGGAUUUCAGCUCAUAGUUCAAAUUGGGUUUUCUCUCUGGCUAAAGUAGAGAUCUCUGCCAAUGCCUUUGGGUUUAAUGUGUUUUUGUGUCCUGCGCGAUUGUAUAAGUAUUAAGAUCUAAGAAACUGUUUGGUUUUUAGUUCCAUGGAUCUUGUAAGACAAGGCUACUUGAUCCAUGUUUCUUCAUCAGAAAUACAAGCACUUGCUCCAGUUACAAGUCCAGGAAGCUCAAUCUUUGGGACUCAUGUGCAUCAUUCAGACACAAGCUUCCCCAUUAUAGCAAUUGCCAUAAUAGGAAUUAUAGCCACGGCGUUCUUGCUAGUGAGCUAUUACAUCUUUGUCAUCAAGUGCUGCCUCAAUUGGCACCGUGUGGAUCUCCUCAGGCGAUUUUCGCUGUCGCGAAACCGGCGAGACGAAGACCAGGUAAUGGUCCAUUCGCCGGGUUUGGAGCCCCGGGGACUGGAUGAAGCUGUGAUCAGAUCAAUCCCAUUGUUGCAGUACAAGAAAGAAGGGAAGAACAGAGGUGAGUUUGAACAAGGAAGCUUGUUUUGUGAGUGUGCUGUUUGCUUGAAUGAGUUUCAAGAAGAUGAGAAGCUGAGGAUUAUACCUAACUGCAGCCAUGUCUUCCACAUUGACUGCAUUGACGUUUGGCUUCAAAACAAUGCGAAUUGUCCACUUUGUAGAACAAGCAUUUCAUCCAACACAACAGGGUUCCCAUUCGAUCGAAUCGUGGCUCCGAGCUCUUCACCUCAAGUUCCAACCCCUGGGAGUCUCAAUGGAGGCGAUGAAGACUACGUAGUGAUCGAACUGAGCACCGAAAACAAUCCGGCAGAUCAAGCAUUGGUGCUUGGAGUGCAAGAAAGAUUGAACUCAGGGGAGUUGUCAGUGAGGUCCAUUAGUCCUUCCCCAAGGAAAAUGGAACAAAUUAAAACAUUUGUUCCCAAGAAGGUGAGAAAGUUUCAUAACAAGGUAACUAGUAUGGGUGAUGAGUGCAUUGACAUAAGGGGCAAAGAUGAGCAAUUCCACAUCCAAACCAUCAGGAGGUCUUUCUCAAUGGACUCAUCUAAUGACAGACAGCUUUACUUGGCAGUUCAAGAAGCUGUGCAGCAGCAAAGCCAAGUCAGUGAGGUCAGCCCAAUUGAAGGUUGCAGUAGCAGUACCAGUUCUAGAAUCAGAAGGUCUUUCUUUUCCUUUGGGCAUGGAAGGGGUUCCAGAAGUAACAAUGCAAUUCUGCCUGUUUAUUUGGAGCCAUAAAUUUUUCAUUUUCCUUGGAAUUUUCCAAGUUUUAGUACUUCUGUGAUAUAGACAAUUCUAGAUGUAUUAUUGAGAGAUUACAGAAUUUGGUACAUAAGCCAUAUAUUCAAUUGAAAUUGGAAAGCUACAAUCUUUUUAGGGCCAUGCCAUA